CCAUGGCAAAUGCUAAGAUGGCUGACGAAAAUUCUAAAUAAUUUUUUCUAACAACGUUUUAUAGAAAAAAUGUCUAAACUAGCAACAACAACCGAUACGAAUUUACAACCGACAUUGGGUAAAUGGGUCUGGAAAGAAGAAACAAAUACUUUAGAGUUCGUCAGUCUGCACCCAGAUAAUAAAGACAAGAGAAGAAAGAACAAGGGUCAUCAUGAUAAAAAUAGACUUGAUAGAGUCGUGUCAAGUGGGGCAAGAAACCUUGGAGGUGGUAAAGUUCGAGGUCCAGCUAGGUUAACAAAUGCCAAAUCUCCCAAAGCCAACAGACGAGAUGUAGAAAAUGAUAAAGUUAUGUUAGAAGAUAUUAAACGGGUAGCACAUGGUAUGAUGUCAGAGGUUGAUAUAAUACCUGAUUCUUUUAAUAUGUUAAAUGGUACAGAUGAAUUUGAUCAUUUUCUAUUAAAUUUAAUCACAUAUUUCAACUGUUUCUUUGAGAAAAUGGCUCAAGAUAAAAGGAAGAAUCCGAUGUAUAUAGAGCCGAGUCUGGCAGAGAGGAAAGCGCUUGCAGACGCCUGUGAAAGAUUAACGGUAGCCCAGAAGUUAUUAGGUCGAUCUUAUUGUAUACUUGUUUUAGGAUUAGGAUUAGAAAAACAACAUCACAUGUCUUGUGGUUUAUCUCGAGUAUCUUCAACAUAUCAAGAUAGAUCUAUGUUUGAGUCUUUUUAUAAUUUUUGUACCUUUGUUGUGUGGAUCACAUUUAGAAGAAGAGAUUUUGAAAUUGUCAAAAAAGAAAUAGGAAGAAUGUUACGAUCUGAUACAUUUAACCCUGCAAUAAGAGUCAAAUAUGCACAAGAAGAACCUAAAGAGGCGACCCAACCCACAGCUAAAAAAGAUGUAGAAGAAAUUAAGAAAGAAAACUCAGAAAUUAAAUUAUCCCCAGCUGAAUACAGACGGCUUCAUCCAAAAAGGCCAGCCAUCAAAUCUAUUGUAAAUCAGAGAUCUCCGGCCAUUGUAUCCUUAUUACCAUCACCUAAAGAAGAAGCCCAUUGGUUAUUUAAACGGGCAACACCUUCAAGGUCUGUAAAUGAAGAUGGUAGCGAUGAAUUUAGUUUGGAAGAUGAUUUAAUAAUUAACAUACAGAGAUACAGAAUGGGUAGUCUAUCUGUGGGUAUUUUAAACUCUAUUUUCAGAAUGGGUAGUCUAUCUGUGGAGCAAGGUUGA